UUUUUUUUAAAUCAGUGUGUGUGUUAUACAUAUACAUAUGGCGGUGGCUGCCGGUCACCGGUUCUCUCCCGGCCUCAAUUUUCAUAAACAAACAAACAUAAUUACACGACUAAACAUCUUACAACCCAAAUACACACUCAAUAAUCAUCCAAUUCCACAAUGGAGAAAAACAACAACAAAAAACAUAAUAAUAAUUCAUUCUACUGCUGCUGACAAGAGUCGAAAGAAUUCUCCGAUUUGUCGGUACGCGUUACAUGAUAAACAACAACAGCAACAACAAGCUGAAAAUGAAGAUGAAGAUAAAAUUAUAAUUGUUGAAGAAAAUGAAAAUGGAAAUGAUCCAAGGGUGAAGAUUGCGGUUGCAGCGUUGGUUACGAUGGGGUUGGGAGUAGGGAAUCGGGUGUUGUAUAAGCUAGCUUUGGUUCCGUUGAACAAUUAUCCCUUUUUCUUAGCUCAACUCGCCACUUUCGGAUAUGUAGUUGUGUAUUUCUCCAUCUUACAUUUCCGGUAUCGUGCUGGCAUUGUUACUGAUGAAAUGCUAUCCAUGCCAAAAGCUCCAUUGCUUGCUGUUGGUCUCUUGGAAGCUCUUGGUGCCGCUUGUGGAAUGGCAGCGGGAGCCGUUCUUUCAGGGGCAGCUAUUCCUGUUUUGUCACAGAGCUUUCUGGUUUGGCAAAUCAUAUUGUCGUAUCUUUUUCUUGGAAGGAGAUAUAAACCCAACCAGUUACUUGGGUGCUUUCUUGUGGCAGUUGGUGUGAUUGUUACCGUUGCAAGUGGAUCUAGUGCUGGCUCAUUGAUGGAAGCUGGUCUAUUUUGGAGUCUUCUUAUGAUUGUUUCCUUUCUGUUCCAAGCAGCCGACACCAUAUUGAAGGAAGUCAUUUUCUUGGAUUCUGCUAAAAAAUUGAAGGGAGGUUCAGUGGAUCUAUUUGUUUUGAAUUCCUAUGGAUCUGCAUUUCAGGCGCUUUUUAUUUGCCUUCUCUUACCUUUCUUGUCAAGGUUAUGGGGUAUUCCAUUUCAUCAGCUGCCAAGCUAUCUUUCAGAUGGCGCGGCUUGCUUUUUAAACAUGGGGACUGUAUCCAGUGGAUGCGAGGGAGCUCCACUGCUACCAAUUCUGUUUUGUAUCGUUAAUAUGGCUUACAACAUAUCGUUAUUGCAUUUAAUAAGAAUAUCAUCUGCCGUUGUAUCUAGUCUUGCCUCAACAGUUUCUGUUCCAAUAUCUGUUUUUCUGUUCACGCUUCCACUACCAUACUUGGGGGUGGCAUCCUCCCUUCCAUCUGGUUUCAUAGCAGGUGCUGGAAUCCUUGUGAUGGGCAUGUUGAUUUAUGCUUGGACACCAUCAAAAAGUAGUGGUAUUCCCCCUCCCAUGCCAUAACAUGUGACUACCCCUUGAUUAUCAAAAUAUUUAAUGCGGUAUAAAAUGCGCGCUUUUUUGUAGCAUAGAAAUAGGUAGAGAACCUGUGAUUUUUGAUUGUAUGAUUGUCUUGUAAUAAAACUGCCAAUGUAGCGUUGGUAUUGCUAGCUCGUGGUUUGUACAUUCAUAUUUGUUCUCCGAAAAUAUAUUUUCCUUUCUUUUAAGUUGAUCAAAA